AUGCCUGGAAAUGAAGCCAUCGCGAUCAUCUUCACCACGCUCGUGGUCUGUAAAUCGGUACUCCUUGUGCUGGAAGCAACAGAGAAGAGAAGACUUAUUACCCAAUCCUUGCCUCCCGAGCAGACAGCGGGCAUACUAAACCUAAGUGCGUUCUGGUGGUUCAAUCCGCAGCUGUGGGCGGGCUACAAGCGAACCCUGGAAUUCAAUGAUCUGUUACAGGUUGAUGAGGAUAUCAGUUUGAAGAGAUCAAAAAAUGAGGUCCGCCAAAAGUGGAAACAUGGUGCAAAAGAACAAUCUCUCCAUAAGUUCCUACUGGCACUGUACAAGUGGCCACUUCUAGCUGGUGUUCUGCCGCGCCUGUGCUUAACAGGCGUCAACUUUGCCCAGCCCUUCCUAGUCAAUCGGGUGACGAGCUUUUUGGGGCAACCCAGUAGCUCCACGGCAAAAGAAAUAGCGUACGGCCUGAUUGCAGCCUACGGCAUCGUCUACGUUGGCAUCGCCUGUAUGACAGCCAUGUUUCAUCAUCGGUCCUAUCGCACAGUCGUGAUGGUGCGCGGCGCCUUAGUUCUCUUGGUUUAUGACCAUACCCUGAGCUUGAACAUAUCCGCCCCCUCCAAAAGCGAUGCGUUGACUCUGAUUAAUGCUGACGUCGAACGGAUAGGAUCUGGGCUCCGUAGCUUGCAUGAGACUUGGGCCAGCAUGCUCGAGAUUGGUCUAUCUCUCUGGUUACUUGAUGUUAAUAUCGGGGUAUCGGCAGUUGCAGCUGCAUCGGUGGUCAUAGCUUGUAUUCUCAUCAGCGGAAAAUUAAGCGGAUAUAUGGGCAUUCGCCAAAAGCUAUGGCUUGAGGCGAUGCAAACACGAAUCGCAACAACCGUGGCAGCAAUCGGCACCAUGAAGGGAGUCAAAGCAACUGGUUCAACGGAUAUUCUGAACUCAGUUAUCACUAAGCUGAGAACAUAUGAAAUCCAAAAGUCCAUUAAAUUUCGAGAAGUGCUGGUCAUGCUCGUGACAUUAUCAUAUCUGGCGACCACAAUGGCACCGCCAUUUGCCUUUGGCACAUACACUAUUCUCGCCAUGAUCCGAAAUACCACCCCACUGACUGCGGCUACUGCUUACACGUCCUUGACAAUCCUAUCACUUCUCUGUCAGGCCGCAGCAAGUCUUAUUGACGCUAUAAUGGGAUUGAUUCAAGCACUAACCAGCCUGGAACGUAUUCGAAAAUAUCUCGCGCUGGAGGGUGGAAUUCCCCUUCCAGGUGAUACUUGCAGUGCGACUGAUGUAAAUUUCAGUGCAUGGCCCAUGAAAUCUGCAUGUUCCAAUGAGGAGGAUGACGAACUGGACGAACAGAAGAACGUAUUCAGGCCCAGUGUGUCGGAAGAAAUAGAUUCCAGCGCCAUGAUCUUAUUGUGCAACUGUUCUGCCGGCUGGGACAGAUCAUCAAGGCCUGUGAUCAAUCACGUGGAUGUGAAUGUCCAACAGGGAUCAUUUGUGAUAGUGAUCGGGCCUGUUGGGUCAGGAAAGUCAAGUCUCCUGCACACUAUUCUGGGCGAGAUACCCCAUACAGUGGGAACGGUCAUCGUACAGGAUGUGGAAGUGGCGUUCUGCGCCCAGACUCCAUGGUUGAUCAAUGCGACCCUCAAGGACAAUAUUAUAGGACAUUCUGAAUUCGACAGUCAGUGGUACAACACUGUUGUCAAGAGCUGUGCGUUAGAUCGGGACUUCACUCAGCUUCCCGGAAGAGAGGAUACUAUGAUUGGAAGCAAGGGUAUCAUGUUAAGUGGUGGUCAGAAAGGUCGUCUGGCAUUGGCACGAGCACUUUAUGCGAGAAAACCAUUAGUUAUUUUGGAUGAUGUGUUCGCUGGUCUGGACGCAGAAACAGAACAAGAUGUCUGUACUGCGCUUUUCGGUGCCGGCGGUCUGUUGAGGCAGGGCACGACAACUGUUCUUGCCACAAACUCCAUUCGCAAUAUUUCCCUCUCAGAUUACAUUAUUGUCUUAGAACCAGGCGGCACAAUAGUCGAACAAGGCAUGUAUUCGGAAUUGAUCAGUCAGGGAAGCUAUUUAGCAAGCCUUGAUCCUAAAGAGAACAGAAGCGACGAAACAGAUCGCCAGGGCGAUAACAAAACUGCUGCACUAGAUGAUUCUGUUCUACGAAAUGCUAAUCUGAAUGCUGAAAAUCGGCCUGCCAGUGACCUGGCUAUUUACAAAUUUUACGUGGACAAGACGGGGCGCGUGUCAUUUCUUGUCUUCUUUGUGCUUUGUUCCGGCUUCGCUUUUGGCUUGUUGUUCUCCCAAAUCUGGAUCAAGUUCUGGGUAGAGGCCAACGCCAGAAAGGCAAAUGAUCGACUAGCAUACUAUCUUUCGCUAUACGUACUUUGGUCUACCUUGGCCAUCCUUUUAUUUUUGGGUGCAUGCUUGCAACUGAUGAUAGUUAUGGUCCCGAAGACCGCCGGAGAACUUCACGAACUUCUGCUCAAGACAGUUUUAAGAGCCCCAUUGGGAUUUCUUUCCGGCACCGACAACGGAGAGAUCGCCAACCGCUUCAGUCAAGAUCUUGAAUUGGUAGACAUGGAGCUCCCUCGGUCACUCAUCGGCACUACGAUGGCUUUUGUCUUAUGUGUCGGCGAGUUGGUUGUCAUCUUGUAUAGCUCCAAGUACAUUGCCGCGACUGUGCCGGUCCUGAUCGGCCUUCUGUACCUGGUACAAAUGUACUAUCUCAAAACCUCGCGACAACUUCGCAUCCUUGAAAUUCAAGCUCGGGCGCCUCUCUUGACCAAUUUCAUGGAAACACUACAAGGGUUGAGCAGUGUUCGCGCGUUUGGCUGGAUGCGAGAAUACGCCACCCGGAAUGAUCGUCUGCUAGUGACGGCCCAGCAGUCUAUAUAUCUCUUAUAUUGUGGCCAGCUAUGGCUCAGUCUCACAUUGGAUAUGAUCGUUGCGUUCUUGGCCAUUACCUUGGUCAGUGUUGCGGUUACGACUAGGACUUCGUCGGGUGCAUCAAUUGGUCUUGCGCUGGUCAAUAUUGUCGCGUUUGGCGCUAAUUUGAAGGGCCUCGUGUAUAACUGGACGGCUUUGGAAAUCUCCAUGGGUGCAAUUGCCCGUAUCCAAAAUUUCACGUCGAAUACCCCCUGCGAGGAUCAACCGGAUGCAACCGAGCCUCCACCCCCGAACUGGCCUGACCGGGGCCUAAUCCGCUUUCAUGAUGUCUCGGCAGCCUACAGCUGCGAGUCCUCACUAGUGCUCAAGAACGUCUCUCUGGAAAUCCAACCUGGACAAAAGCUCGCGAUUUGCGGCAGAACUGGCAGUGGUAAGAGUUCCCUCGUGGGAUCGCUGUUGCGACUUCUGGAUCUGCGUAGCGGCACUAUCGAAAUCGACGGUUUGGACAUUUCCACUAUCACGCGGCAGGAGGUUCGGUCCAGGCUCAUCACUCUGCCCCAGGAGUCAUUCUUUUACUAUGGUACGGUCCGCGAGAACCUGGACAUCCAAGGGCAACGAUCGGACGAGGAAAUGUUUGAAAUUCUGGCCAGGCUUGGACUGCAUGAACUCAUCAUACAGAAAGGCGGCUUGGAUGUCCCGAUGACCGAUGACCUCCUGUCGCAUGGCCAAAAGCAACUUUUUUGCGUCGCUCGUGCAGUCUUGCGGACGUCAAGAAUUCUCAUCCUAGAUGAGGUAACAAGCAGUGUUGAUCAGGAGACCGAGACCAUCAUUCUUGAUGUGCUUCACGAACGGUUUCCCGAGCACACAGUGGUGUGCAUCGCGCACAGACUCAAAACGAUCUUGGAUUACGAUCAAGUCAUAGUGCUUGAUGAAGGUAGCAUCGUGGAAUUUGGAAACCCAGUCACUCUGGCUUCACAGCCAUCCAGAUUCGCAGAUCUUCUUCGCGCAACAGGUGAUUAUUCCCUUACUUUGUAG